AGCCAAGGACACACCCCCGGACCUUAGCGUGCCUGCACGGCUGUCUACUUGUGAUUGUAGUUUUCAGUUUUGCUAGAUGGAUGUCUACAAACUGUACAUUUUACAUGGAGAUGACAGCUAGAUAAUUUACAAAUCAUGGCGACCAUCGUUCUUUAUUCCAUGAAUAGAACGGCGCAAAACACGGCGAGACUAUGCUUUUUUCCGUAUUCAACGCGAGCUUCCAUAGUGGACUCGCGCAUAUCUUUCUUCAAUAACACUUCGGUCCGCAGGUUAACUCCGCUUCCGGGAGCGAGAUGGGUUCCCAAAGCUACUGGAGUGCAGUUCAUGUCCAAUGGGACUGCAGGCAAAACGGCAACCGGACGAACCAGGAGAAGCGCCCUGCUGUUUGCUGGAGCAGCGGCGGCAGUGUUGGGUUUUGUGGCUAGCGCUAGUCACUUUCAGCGGGCUGAAAUGGCAACCAUGAUCACCAAAACCGAGGAGACGGAGAUAUCGGAGAAAUGCAAGAAGUUCAUGUCUCCGCCGUGUACUGACGUCAAAGUGCUGGAGCAGAAGAAAGAGGAAAUGUGCACGAGGAUGGAGAUGCUGAUCAUGGAGACUCAGGCGGAGUUCUGCAGAGCGCUCGAGGAGGUGGACGGCGGCAUGUUCAAAGUGGACAAGUGGGAACGGAAAGAAGGUGGCGGGGGCAUCAGCUGUGUGCUGCAGGAUGGGAAGGUGUUUGAGAAGGCCGGGGUCAACGUGUCCGUGGUGUUUGGGAACCUGACCGAGGAGGCCGCCAAGCAGAUGCGCAGCAGAGGGAAGGUUCUCCGGGGGAAAGAUGGCAUCCUGCCAUUCUGUGCCAUGGGUGUGAGCUCAGUCAUCCACCCCAAGAACCCCCACAUUCCCACAGUGCACUUCAACUACAGAUACUUUGAGAUAGAAGAAGAAGAUGGCACUAAACAGUGGUGGUUUGGUGGCGGUACAGACCUGACUCCUACCUAUGUCAAUAAGGAGGAUGGCGCUCACUUUCACAACAGUCUGAAGGAGGCCUGUGAAAAACAUCACCCCAAGUACUACCCCGACUUCAAAAAGUGGUGCGACCGGUACUUCUACAUCCGCCAUCGUGGCGAGACGCGGGGCAUCGGUGGCAUCUUCUUUGACGACCUGGACUCUCCCAACCAGGAGGAGGCGUUCAGCUUCGUUAGGAGCUGUGCCCAGACCGUGGUGCCCUGUUACCUGCCCAUCGUCUACAAACACCUCAAUGACCCCUUCAGCCCAGAGGAGAAGGACUGGCAGCAGGUGCGGAGAGGCAGGUAUGUGGAAUUUAACCUGGUGUAUGACAGAGGGGUGAAGUUUGGACUGGCCACCCCAGGCUCCAGGAUCGAGAGCAUCCUCAUGUCUCUGCCCCUCACAGCCAAGUGGGAGUACAUGCAUGAACCUCCUAAAGGUUCCCAGGAGGCCGAUACGCUGGAGGUGUUACGAAACCCCAAGGAGUGGGUCUGAAAUGGCCGUUGCCGUGGAGAUACCAACCUGACUCAGCCUUCAGAACAGGAGCCGACAUGAGCUGUUGACUGGAACAGGCGUCCGUCCCUUUGACUGCUUUGUCAUUGGCCAACUCACCGCUGAUGUGAUUAGCUAGUUGUUACUGGAAAAUGCACACCUGCCUUUAUUUAUUUUGCUGUCUGUUUCUUAUUGCUUGAUAUAAUAUUGUCUGUGUCAGAUAAGCCUUAACACUACCAUUUAAAUGUUUUAUCCAGAGUGACUUACAGGAACAAUUUGGGCUAAGUGCCUUGUUCAAGGGCACCUAGGUGAUUUCAAACUAGUGACCUUUUCGGUAACUGGCCCGACACCGCUACCCCUUUGCCUUCCGCCCGACUGCUUCAGUUAAUAUUUCCUGUGUACCAACUGGUUGCUCUGCUAGUAUAUUUUUCUCUCUAGCUACAGUCUGAGAGCCCUCUUGGUCUCCUGUUGGGGAUUAAUCUGAAUUAGUUGGGUAACAUAGAUAGGAUGUUUUAUUUUCAUGAUAUGCUUAUGAGUUAUUUCUCAUAAGAAUGUAUUUUGUUGUACUAUAGUGGUGGCCAUUGGCAGUUAUCUGUCCUCUGUCAGGACUAAGUUGCUUGGGCCGCAGAGAGGGGAGAGGUCAAGGUGUCAUCAUGUGUAAACAUAUCUUUUAAACCAUGUGAAGAGAUGAUUGAUGAACCAAUUAUCUCUUUGCUCCACUGUGUCUGUGUGCCAGUCACUCCCUACUUUUCCCAUCGGGGAGAGGAGGAUGGCAGUGUCUGGAACCAUUCUAUGUUCCCUCUCUUGUUGCCCCUAUCUUGACCUAGAGGCUCACUUUCCUCUCCGUGAGCUUGUCCAGAAUUGGUUGUAUUUAGGAUGGAGUAUCUCAAAUGACAAUUUGAGAUAUAUCAUUGGGAGGGGGUAAUGUCUUGGUACCAUUUUGUACCAAGGACGAUAUAAGAGCUUUGUUUAGGAGACCAAACUGAACGAUAAUUUAUAGCCAAUUUUGUCUGGCUAGGGGAUAUUCCUCUCUGAAGUAAAGUCUUUCUUUGUGAAAGUUCCUAAGACCUGUGGUUUGUCAUGUCAACUAGGGGGGGUGGAUCUUUGCUAUAAAGGAUCCCAGAUGCCAUUAUGUUGAGCACUCUCAACUUUUCAUUAGAGAUACUGAACUGUUGAAAGUCAAAAUGCUAUUGCAAAAGCUGAAUUAUUAUUAAAGGUGAAGAUUAAGCAUAACUCUGACUGGUGUGUGAUUUGCUCUCAUCAUUUGGUAAUUAAGGAAAUUUCCACGACAUUUGGCGACGGGGAUGGGAUGUGAAUCUUCACUCGGUGACCGCUUCUGAUGACCUAGGUAAUCGUGCACAAGGGAUCCCUCAAACUCGGGAUCUCAGGGAGACCACACUUCGAGAACGGAGCAGAUGGACCAACCUAAGAUUGGAGAGGCAGCGAGCCGAGUGGAUACCACAUCCCGAACAUAGUACAAAAAAGGUGAAAUGAGCAAACCACACUUGAAGUUGAGUUGGAUAGGACUUAGAGCUUGGUGAAGCCCUAGUGGAAGAAGGACCUCAUUCUGUGUGUCUGUGUGAUUGUCUAAGUGACCCUCAGAGGUGGUGAAUUCCAAUUAUUUGUGUGCUAGCCAGGUAUGCCCUGGGUUACUCUGUGUGAGUAUUUUGUAGGAGCAUUCUGUGUGGGCGCGGUAGGUUGACUCUGUGUGGGUUACCUUUUUAUGUUCUGAUGUUCUGUGUGGACAUCUGACCAGUUCUGUGUGAGCAUCUGACCAAUCCUGUGUGGGUGAUCAGUAAAAUUCUGUGUGAAGUACUUAAGGAAUUCCUGUUGUAACUGUUUUUCCUCUCCCUGUGUGUGAGAUUGUGUGUGUGUGUGUGAGACUAAGGAGCCAUGGGCGCGCACAAAGAACCAGGCAUUCCGGGCCCUCCUACUGGAGCCUUGAAGGUUAUGGUAGAUAAAUGGGGUAGGGAUAUUCUGGAACAGGUACUUCUAUGGCAUAGAGAGGGUGGUUUUCCUUUGACAGGGGCACUAAGUGUGACGCUGUUAGAUGAGAUAAGACAGAGAUUGGUAGAGAAGGAAGGUAAACUAGGAAAAAAGGAUCAAAUUGACUGGGUGAAAUUCAGGAAAUGGGAAAGGGAAGCUGACAAACGGAAGAAAAGACAGGACACAUUUCGGGGAAAACCCUGUCAGAAUAUGGUAGUUCAGACUGAGGAAGGAGAAAAGAAGGGGAAAGAUGAAACAGUGAGAAGGAAUAGGAAGGAUGAUGAUGACAGAGACUGUCCCCCUCCCUACUGUAUUCCUCAAACUCUCUACCCAGUGUUGCCGGACAUCCCUCCUCCUCAGCCGCCUCCUGCUGAUCCGCUGGAUGCAAGACUACUACAACCUGCAACCCCACCCCCUGUCUCUCCCAACACCACGGUGAUUGAUCGUCUGGCACGGAGCCUGGCUGAAGUCCUGACAGGGUCUGGAGUGACUCCGGCCAGUCUCAGUGGGGGGAGCACGCCAGAAGGGAAAAAAAAUCAACAAUCCUUUUCUCAAGGCUCCUCCACUCAGCUCCAGUGAGGAUGGAGGGGCACCCCAUCUGACUCCCCCGUUGAAGGACCGUCUACGGACCAGGACGGAGAGGCGUGUCUCUACCCCCUUCCCAUACAACCCAGCAUCAGACAUGUAUCAUCAAUACCCUCUGAUGGCCUGCCCUAACCCUCAGCCUCGACCUGAUGAUGCUAAUGCUGCUGCCGCCGCAGCAUGGAACCCCAUUGUGUAUGUCCAGAGGACGUGGAGACAUGAUGAAAUCAAAGACAUUGUAGAGGACCUACCAGACCCAAGUAAGGACGCUGUGAAAUAUUCAGCAGAGAUGAGGGUAUUGGUGGGUCAGUACAAACCAUCUGCUGCUGAGAUAGCCCAUAUCUGUAAAAAGAAACUGGGACUCAGGUGGGCGGAUGUACAGGGACAGUUUGAUUACAACUACCUGUGGGCUGAGAAUGGCGCAUAUCAGGACCAGAUAACGGCGCUGCUGGCCAGGAUUGUGGAGAUGUAUCCAACUAAGACUGACUGGACUGCUAUCAGAGAAUGCACUAUGAAGAAAGAUGAGGGCCUGGAGGCUUUCAGAAAGAGAAUUGAGACCUGUUUCAGGCUACACAGUGGUAUCAGACCAAACGAACAUGCAUAUGGGGAUCUGCUGAAAGACGCCCUGGUGAGGGGUCUGACACCGGGCCUGGAGAAAGCUGUGAGGACUACCUGCAUCAGUUGGGAGACUGAACCAUUAGCAAUGGUGGUACAGCACUGCAAGCAUGCUGAGAGACAACAAAGUACUCAGAAGGAAGAAAAAAUAAAGAAAAAGUAAAGACACAGAAACUACAGGCUGCUCAGAUGACGUUUUACCAGGGAGCAGCCCCAGCAGGGACAGGACGAGGGGGUGGAGUGCGCAGGUGCUACAACUGUGGGAAGCCGGGUCAUUUUGCUGCUGACUGCUCCGAGCCAACGAAUCCACAGAGGAACAAAGGCAGGGGCGGACCAAGAAGAGGGGCCCGAGAGGAGGGGGCAAGAAGAGGAGGAAAAGGAGCACAUGCAUGGACAGCCCCAUUCCAACAACAGCCGUGGCAGCCACCUCCCAACCAAUGGCAGGUCGGGCCACCUCACGGGGUCCAGCAACAGCUCCUUGUGGGGACAACAAGGAGUCCCUCCAGGCAGAGGACAAACUGGAGCCUGGCAGACGGGGCCGCCGGCACAGACGACCCUGUACAAUCCAGGACAGGGGCAGGAGGAGAAGUAUUGACAUGAUGAGAAGACAGGGACAGUUGUGCUAAAAUCCUCAGAGCAACAAGAGCAUUUGUUUUUAAAGUGUCACACCCUUCCGAGAGUAGAGGCAACAGUGGAGGCUUGCGUCAAUGGCUAUUUUCCCCAGGGUGAAAGCGGCUCUACCCCAGCCACUGGUGGGGAUCCUGCACAAACUUCAACCAGGUGACUGGGUGGUGGUGAAAGACCUGAGACGAAAGCAUUGGAACCAGCAGAGGUGGACUGGACCAUACCAGGUGAUGCUGAUUACCCCCACUGCUGUUCGCGUAGCUGAGAGUUCUACUUGGAUCCACGCCAAUCACUGCAGGAAGGUGCCAUACUGCCCACCAGACCCUGAGGAUGGAGGACCAGAGACACCGACUAGAUGGGAGGAUCAGGCCCAGACUCUACGCAUAAUGUUUCUUGCUCUGGUCUUGAGCCUUCUCAUUACAGUUGCCAUAUGGACAGUGACUCAAGGACAACCGGUCCUGGAAAGACAACAUGGUACGGACUCGACUGAUAACCAUUCAGUCCCACUGCGGGACUUAAAUAGCAGCCACUCCAGCUCGAGCCAACGGCAGGCUCAGGACAGGAGUCCAGCAAACAAUAGCCGCUCCCAUAUCGAAAGAAGAAGAAGGUCAAUGCAUCCACUGGAUGAGGAAUCACGAGGGAAACACUUGGUGGUCACUGCUUAACUAUACAGUAAAGAAGAAAUACCUCCUGUUAUGUAUGUAGCUUGUUUCCACAUUCAGCGAUUUCCCCAUUCUUACAGUGUUCAGUAGAGGUCAGCAUUAAUGUGCACUAGAGGUGCUCUUGUCCAAUGAGAACACAGGUGGUCAACCUUCACUAGGUAGAACUCUGAGGGAUAAAUGCAUUAAUGGUAAUUUGUCAUCAUCAAAAGAUUUACGGGGGGGAUUUGAUUGUUCACAUUGGUGUAGUAGAAUCAUCUUAGAACCUAGAUCCCGUGUACCAGAACCUAUUCAAGUCCAACCCCGGCGAACCCCAUUUAGGACCUGUCAUUGUCACAAUCCAAGCAAUAUUUCCAUACCACAAUUGAAUGAAUCCUUUCUGGGAAUGUCAACAUGUGUCAAUUAUAGUGUUUUCCCAAUAGGAUGUAGCUGGAAGAAGGGAACAUGCAGCUCUGGAUACCCCAUUAGACUGAGGGUGGGACACACCAUUAUUGAUGCUGAAACUGACUAGCUUUCUCAUCAAUUUGGCUCGGCAACAUUUACUGAUCAUUAUUGGAUUUGUGGUGAUAAAGCGUAUCUCUACCUACCCACAAAUUGGACCGGGUGCUGUAUUUUUGGUAAACUAAACAGCUCCCUUGUGGUAAUGCAUAAAACUAAUUCCUCUAUUCCAAGCAGGUUAAGACUAAUUAAGAGGGACAUCUCGCAAUACAAUAAUGUCCCUAGUGACUCUCGACGAUCCUCGAAAUUGGAAAAGUUCUGGCGCGGUUUAAUCCCCUGGUAUGGGGCAUCGGAGAAUGCACAUGAGUUGGAUAGGCUAGGAUAUAAUUUGGAAUCCCUGGUAUAUUUGACCACUGCAGGGUUUUCUAUGAUAAGACCAGAAUUACAAGCCACUCAACUCAUGGCAAAACAAAAUAGAGUGGCACUUGACAUGUUGCUAGCACGUGAAGGAGGGGUGUGUCAAAUUAUAGAAGAUCACUGUUGUACAUUUAUACCCCAGGAAGAUGACAAUUUGACUAUUGUAGUGGAACAUUUGAAAGAGCUUAGGGAUGUUUUCGAAAGGGAACACCAGCCUGACAUCAACUGGAAUCCGUUAGGAUGGGUUCAGUCAGUGUUUGGUGCUUGGGCUGCGACCAUUUUCCACUGGUUCAUCUGUGGUCUAAUAUUACUGAUUGCUCUUGUUGCUAAUUAUCAUUUGUGUGAAGAAAUUGUUUAAUAAAGUGGUUGUUUUUCUUA